AUGGAUGAGCUACUCGCCAAGCACCGGAAAGAACAAAAAGACCUACAAGGGCGCAUCACCCAGAAGAAAAAGUCCGCCACUAAGAAGACCCGCAAAGGCGUCAAUGAUGAAUGCGAGCGAAUGCAGCGAGAGCUCACCGAACGACAUCAGGCGGAGAUUGCGGCGCUGAAUGGGGAAUCCACUGAGCCGGUAGAAGAAAAUCUUGAAGAUCUCAGCCUAGAAGAUGGGAUACCAGCAGAGGGCGAACCGAACGAUGACAAAACGACUGCACCGACACCUCAAACCCUCGAAACGUCCUCUACCACAACCUCCGAGGAGCCUGCCCCAAAAAGCAAGAAGCCCAACCGCCAAAAAGCCCGCCUUGCCCGUCGUGCAGCCGAGCAAGCUGCCCAGUCCGCUGCGGCGGCCGAAGAGGCCGCCAACCAAACAAACUACAGAGGCAACGAGCAGGAGGUCAUGGACGCUGUUUUUCAAAAACUCGGCCUCAGGGAGGUUGAAGUGACGCCCGAUGGACACUGCCUCUUCUCUGCGAUUGCCAAGCAGCUAGACGAGUCCGGGGUGGGUUUGCGGCCGGACCCAAGCCGCAUCGUACUCCAGCCGGCCACGCAAACGCGCAUUGACACUGUCGCAUCUCCGCAACACGAUGGGUACCGGGCCGUCCGAGCCGUCACGGCGGACUUUAUCACGGAGCACAAGGACGACUUCGAGGCGUUUCUGGAGGAGCCGUUGGAUGUCUAUGCACGGAAGAUUAAGCUCACUGCCGAAUGGGGUGGCCAGCUGGAGCUGCAGGCUAUCGCUCGGGCCUACGGCGUCGAUAUUAAUGUUGUGCAGAAGGAUGGGCGGUUGGAAAAAUUCGAGUGCGGCGAUAUGGACAGCUUCGAUGAGGUAGAGCAGCGCAGGCGUGUGGUUUGGCUGGCGUAUUACCGGCACACCUACGGGUUGGGAGAGCACUACAACGCUCUGUUCAAGAAGGACUGA